AUUUAUAAACUUGUGGGCAGCAAUAAAUAAGAGGACAUGUGUCAUUCAAUAUGUAUGUGAGAAAAACUUUCAUUUUCAGCAUGGGCUAUCCUUCCUUCCUAUUGAUAUAUAGUUUCCAAUUUGCUAUCUUUCCUAUAUAUAGAUCCCUUAAGAUGCAGCCAUUCCUACUCAUUAUUACGCAUUCUACUUAAAUUCUGUGCUACUUAAUUAUAGGACUUCCCUACUUAUACUUGUAGUAAAACUGUAAAAGCAAAGUGUUUAAAAAUAGAAAGAAACACAACAUAACAAUCCUUGAUGGCAACAAAGAAAGUUGAUCAGGAAAAAGAACUAGAAGAUCCCAUCCAUGGAGACAUCUUAGAAGCCACACUCUCGCACGUGCCACUAAUUUACUUGGUGCCUGCCAGUUACGUGUCAAAAGAAUGGAGCGGUGCCGUGUCGAGGUCCCUCCGCCACAUCAACCCGGUGAAGCCAUGGCUCAUGGUUCACACUCAAAACCCCCGUGCUCCUCACAUGACCACAACUUACGCGUACGACCCACGCACGCUAUCGUGGAUCGAAAUUCACGCGCCACAAGUCAAACACACGUCCGCUCUUCGAUCAUCACACUCCACACUCCUCUACACGAUCUCUCCCACUGAAUUCUCCUUCUCUGUGGACCCGCUCCACCUCAUGUGGCACCACACAUCAUCACCGCGUGUUUGGCGCGUUGAUCCCAUCGUUGCACGCGCGGGAAACCACAUCGUGGUUGCUGGUGGUGCGUGUGAUUUCGAGGAUGAUCCUUUAGCAGUGGAGAUGUAUGAUAUGGAGUCUCACAAAUGGAUCCAAUGUCAGUCAAUGCCUGAGAUGAUGAAGGACACAACAACACUGACAUGGCUCUCUGUUGUCGUUAUUGGAGAGUUUUUGUACUUAAUGGCGAAAAAUACUGGCAUAAUGUACUCGUUCAAUUGUAAAACAAUGAUGUGGCAAGGACCAUAUGAUCUGCGAGGAGGGGAGGAGAGUGUAUUCUACUACACAAUGGGAACGGUGCAGAACCGUUUGGUGGUGGUGGUGGGAAUAGUAGGUGGCGAGGAAAAUGUGAAAGGAGUGAAAGUUUGGGAAAUAAAAGAGGAAUUGGAGUUAGGAUUGGGAAUGGUGGAAUUAGGUGUGAUGCCGGAAGAUAUGGUUGUAAAACUGAGAGGUGAGAGUGGGAGUGAGUUGUUGAAUUCGAUUGAGUUGGUUUCGACAGGAAAUUUUGUGUAUGUUUAUAAUGCAUCGGAACCAGAGGAGAUGGUGGUUUGUGAGGUGUUGAAGAGAGGAGGGUGUGAGUGGUGGAGUGUGAGGAAUGCGGUGGUGAAUGACGAAAUGCGGUUGAGAAGAAUGGUGUUAUGUGGUGGUGAUGUGGGAUUGGAGGAUUUGAAGAGCGCGGCCUUGCGCGAUUGUAAAUUUGUAUUGAAACAAUAAAAUUAAAGAGAUCAAAAGCGAGAUGAAGUAAUUUUCACCAAAUAAUAAGAAAGAUUCAUUUUUCAUGUGUA